CAUAACGUACAGCCAGCUGUGAUGAUUUUUAUUGCUAAUCUGGGCUGCUGUUGUCAACAGCAAAAUUUAGAGAUUAGCGUCGGAAGUGCGAAGAAAAUUGAAAAUUUUCCUCCGUUAAAGUUUUUACUGCGUUGAAGUACUGAACGACUUUUGAGAAGUUGGAUUGUCCAACAUACAUACAUAGUUUGGUGGGAACGGAAGGACCAAGAAUUAAUCUGCGCGUUUUUAGGACAGGCUGAAUACGGGGUUGAAUUAGACGAGACGUUGAUACAAGGCUGGAAAGUAUUUUAUUGACCAUGGAUUGAUCAUAAACAAAGCUCUGAGGGCAAAAAUUAAGCUGUAAAAUGGCAUCAAGAGAUGAAUCUGCAAGGCAGGCUGCUGAGUCUCUGCUAUCCGGGAGCUCAAGCAGUUCACGCCAGCUGCCUUUGCACCCACAGCAACAAAUUCAUCCUGAUAGCUACGUUUCCACAGGACCCCUUUACGACCAAAUGUAUCCCCGACUGGUCAGUCUUCGAGGAAAUAUCCAAAGUCCUACUAGUCCAAGUAUAGAGUUUUAUAACGAUGAGCUGCUUGCAGGCUUAAGAUUAGGUGGUCAAAUGUCAGGAGUUCGCAGAUUUUUCUGCUUGUUUCUGACGUUUGACUUGCUUUUUACAUUCCUCAUGUGGUUUACCUGCAUCAUGUUGAUUGGCAACAGAGAUGUGGUGCAAGCCCUAAUUGAUGAGGUAACGCACUACAAUGUGCACACGUCAAUGUUCGAUAUUGUGAUGGCCGCGGCAUGCCGAUUUACUGUGCUCCUCCUUUUUUAUGCUCUUCUCUACAUUAACCAUUGGAUCAUAAUUGCUCUCUCGACAUCAGGAACGUGUGCCUUUCUGAUAUUUAAAGUAUUCGUUUUCAACUGGGCUUCAGCUGGGCAGCCUGUUUUUCAAGUUCUUAUAAUAUUGACAUCAUUUGUUUUGGCGUGGGGCGAAACUUGGUUUUUAGAUUUUCGAGUUAUCCCUCAAGAGGCCUUGGCUCAGGCCAUUGUCAUAGAUCAAAACGCGCCUAAUAUGUUCCGUGGCGUAUAUGAUGAGAGAACACCACUGUUACGAAAUUUCCUCAGUAGUGUUGGCCGACCGGAUAACUACACAGAAUCCAUUGGGAAUUUUUAUUCUCCUUUGGAUUCGCCUAGAGGGUCUGACGAUGAAGAUGAAAGUGGUUCGAGAUACCGAUCAAGUAGUCAAAGAACAAGAAGUCAGCCAUUGAGCAAAGAAGCCCAGUUGGCUGCAGAAGCUCGUGAAAAUUUCAACACAGCUUGGAUAGCUUUGAAUUCCAAAACUGGAUGGAAAAAGGAAAAGGAGACGGCCGAAGGCGAUCUCGUAGAAUCUAAAGGUGUUGCAAAGCAGAGAAAAAUCUUUCGACUUAAAGGUCAAAUUGAAAUUCCUCCGAAGCUUUUGUUAGAAGAGCUCUACUAUAAAGUAGAAGAUAUGCCGGCGUGGAACCAAACUAUUGUUCAAUCAAGAAGGCUUCAGGUUCUGGACGAACACACAGACAUAGUGUAUCAAAUUUCAGCUGAAGGUGGUGGUGGGGUGGUGACAAGCAGAGAGUUUGUGGUUCUGCGGCAUUGGGGAGUUAAAGACGGUGUCUAUAUUUCAUCAGGUUGUUCGUGUUCACACUUAGACGCACCUGAAAACAAGAAAUUAAUUAGAGGACAAAACGGACCUAACUGUUGGGCUAUGCAGCCAGUUCCGGGCGAGCCUAACCAGUGCAUUUUUCUGUGGCUGCUGGACACGGAUCUAAAAGGUUGGGUGCCUCAGUAUAUGGUGGAAGCAGCACUUUCGUCUGCCAUGCUGGACUUCCUUGCUAGUUUAAGAGAAUACGCUGCAAAGUUGAAGGAGGAAGGUAAAUUUCCUGCUUAUAUGUGAUGUGCACAAUUUACUUGCCAUUGUUGGUAAGAGUGCUGCCAUUUUUAAGGCAGCGCAUAUUUUCGGAACAAAUUAUCUAUUAUAACUUUGUGAGAUAUAUUUAAAUGUGGAUUAUUGUCAACCUGCUUGUUUUAAUUCAUUAGUAAGAGCACAUGCCAUAAUAAUUAAAAGAUUUUUCUUACCAAAGCAGGAUUUUUUAAUUAGCCAUUUGUCGUAAUUUAAGAUUUAAAGAUCUCAUAUUCAUGAAACCAAUAUUCACUGAAAGUCCACUUUUUUGCCAAAGUAUGAAAAAUUAUGAAAUUGAUCAGAAGAGCAAAAUUCCUCAAACUCCGUAAACCAGUGAACCAUAGCUGCAUUUUUAAACCCGCAACCAUCAGUCAGUUAAAGUUAAAAAACAAUAUAUUUUAAUUUUAUUUCAAUGAAAACAUGUAUUUUUCUCAUAUUUAACAUUUAUCUCGUUCAUGUUAAAUAAAUGAAUCAAAAGUUGA